AUGGAUGAGACUCCAGCCAACACCACAGUACCUCAGCCCCAGCCCGUGAGCGGCGAGACGAAGACGCUUGAGCCUACUACCCCCAACUCCCAUCACGGCGACAUUGCCAUCCUCAACCAAGGGUAUGAGGGCAAGCCGACCGAUGAGGAAUUUAAAAACUUGCGCCGAGUUCCCGUCCAGAUCCCCACCAUCGCCUAUCUCCUCUGUAUAGUGGAGUUUUGCGAACGAGCGUCUUACAUCGGUUGCGCUCAAGUUUGGACAAACUACAUCAAUCGUCCUCUUCCCAAAGGCGGCAACGGAUAUGGAGCUGUUGCAGGUGGAAGUCAAGCCACCCAAGGCGCUCUGGGCAUGGGCGAACAAAUUGCUAAUGCCACCACUCAAUCCUUCAGUUUGCUGGCUUACUCCCUGCCGCUUCUGUUUGGUCACCUCGGUGAUACCCGAUUUGGCCGAUUUCCCAUGAUUUUCUGGGGUGUCAUUACCAGUGGUGUCGGCCACGCUUUCAUCGUUGCUGGAGGUGCCAAGCAGCUCUUGGACAACGGCACGGCCAAGAUUCCCUUUUUCAUCGGCGUCUACAUCCUUGCUGUCGGAGCGGCCAUGUUCAAGCCCGUGCUUAGCCCGCUUAUUCUCGAUCAGAUGCAAUCCCAUGUGCCCGUUGUGAAGAUUCUUGAAUCGGGAGAACGUGUCAUUGAGGAUCCCGAGCACGGCAGCGAGAGAGUCAUGCUGUGGUUCUACCUCAUGACCAACGUCGGCGGCUUGAUGUCGACGGCGACUUCGUAUUCAGCCAGAUACGUGGGCUGGUGGCUGGCCUUUUUGCUCCCUCUUCUCCUGUACCUCCCUCUACCUCUCCUCCUCCUGUGGCUCAAGCCUCGCCUCAAGCUGCGCAAGCCAGGUGGUUCUGACCUGCCCAACACGUUUCGUGUCAUCGGCCAUGGCCUUGCCGACGGCGGUGUAUUCCGGAUUGGUCGGUCGGGAUGGUGGGAAAAUGCCAAACCGUCUAGUAGAGCUCGGAAGGGGUUACCUCCAGAAGACCACUACCCAGACGAGUUUGUCGUGGAUGUCCAGCGAACCUUGCAGGCUGCCAGCAUGUUUUUCUUCUUCCCGGUGCAAUAUUGGAACAGCACAGGCUUCGGAAGCGCUUCCAACUUCCUGGGCACCAUGUUGACUGGCAACGGUGUUCCCAAUGACGUUGUUGGCAACUUUAACUGUGUGAGCGUCAUUGUGUUUGGCUUUGCUCUCAACUACGCAGUUUACCCCCUGCUGCGCAAGGCCAGAAUACGCUACGGCCCUGUUUCCCGCCUCACGACCGGUUUCUUCCUGAGCACGCUUGCGGGUGUCGGCAACACCGUCUUGUGUUACAAGGCUUACCAGACGUCACCUUGCGGCUGGUAUGGUUCAUCUGAUGCCAAGUGCGUUAAUGAGGGUCUGAUGUCCCCGAUUUCGUUAUGGUGGCAGGUGAUUCCGUAUGCUCUCGGAGGAUUAUCGGAGCUGUUUAUCGAUGUGCCUUCCUACAGCAUUGCGUACUCGCGUUCCCCGGAGAACAUGAGAGGCUUGCUCCAGGCCUUGAGUCUUUUCGCCAUUGGUUUCGCAGAAAUUGCCAACCUGCUUUGCUCGUCUGUCGUUGUCGAUCCUUAUCUGAUCCGGGCCUUUGGGGUCCCUGCCGUUGUGGGUGUUUUUGUCACUGUCGGCUUCUGGCUAAUGUUCCGCCAUAUCGACAAGGAGGAAUUCGUGCUCUCGACGACGCAAACGAGCGAGGCGGAAAAGGCUGGGAUUGCUGCGAGGAGUGAGGUUGCUGAAGGAGGAGGGUCUUGUUACGGACCGGCACGGCCGGCGGGGCUACGUGAGGAGCGAAAGGGGCAAUGA